GAGUAGCCCUGGUCAGCAAUCCUCUGGCUAAGUUUCGUUUCUCAGGAAACGACCCUAUGUAUAAAGGGUCUAUACAAGGCUCAGUCUCAGCUCCAGACUCUCAUUCUUGGAUACGAGGAACCAUGGGACUUUUGACAUACAUUGCCGUGGCUGCAGGAGCAGGAGGAGCAGUAGUCAGUGCUCCUUUUGUGCUGGGGGCUGCAGGGUUCACUUCAGUUGGGAUAGCAGCUGGAUCCUACGCUGCAGGCAUGAUGUCGACUGCAGCUAUAGCCAAUGGAGGAGGAGUGGCAGCAGGGAGUGCGGUGGCUCUUCUGCAGUCAGCAGGUAUGGCAGGUAUGUCAGGUGCUGCCACUGCAGCUGUGGCGAGUGCUGGAGGGACUGUGGGUGGACUGGUGGCUGCUCUCGUCUGAGACUCACAUGACCAAGAUCAUGAAGGAAUAACACACGUGGA